AUGGCCUCUGCUACAUCAGCCCCCGCAUUCUACCGGUUCUUCUUCAAGAAUCUCGACCCUCUUGUUGCCAUGUAUGGGGUCUAUCUCAAUUUUUUCGCCCAGGAGAUGGCUGUAACCGGGCCCGCACCCAACUCUCACUACGAUCCUGACCAAGUGUUCAUCUUCUUUCAAUGCGGCGGAUUGGCGCUUUCUAUUGCCUUCAUUACCGCCGCAAUCCACCGAGCUACGGAAGACCUCAAGGUCUGGAGAAUCAUCCAAUUUGCCAUUUUACUGGCUGACCUAGCUGCUCUUGUGGGCAUCUACCUUUCUCUGUCCACCCAAAACAGGCUCGCUCCCAGCACCUGGACCGACGAUGACAAAGGACUUGCGGGAAGCUAUACUGCGUUGACCCUGAUUCGACUCGCAUUUAUUCUCAAAAUCGGAUUCCCUCAGGAGAGCGGUUCGGAAGAGAAGCAAAAGGUGUAA